GUCUCUCUUCUCUCUCCCUGAAAUGAAAACGACGAGCACAGAACUCGCUCCUAUCUUACUUUUUGCAGACACGCACGAGGAGUCCCUGACAUCACGCAUGCUGUCAUGUGAGAACUGGAACUUUCUUAAUGGAAUCUGAAAGAACUUCCAAACGUGUUAUUUAUUGAGCAAGAAUGAAAAUAAGAUGCACCUUUCUACAUAAACGACUAUAUAAGUGCUUUAUUUUUUCAUUGUCGUUGCUGGUGGUGUGUCUGUUGAAGCUUGUCUACAUAAAGGUAACUGUAAAAAACAGCUUUUUCAUUGAGCCUUAUGGAAUUACUGCAAGAGUCAGUAGGAUUCAGCCUCAGAAACAUGACAUCGAUUGCACUGCUAUUUAUCAAAUGGACCCAGUGGAGAUCGGGAAGUCUUUAGAAAUAAGACGGAAAGACAUUGUUGAUGUGGAGGAUGAGAACAUUUUGUCUUUGACCUCAGACUGUCCGAGAUAUGUUGAGUCAAGGGGGUAUGCACACCUGCCUCUAUCAAACGAGGAGCGGGACUUCCCACUGGCCUACUCGUUAGUGGUGCAUAAGCAUGCUUCAAUGGUGGAGAGGAUCCUGAGGGCAGUGUACAUGCCUCACAAUGUUUACUGCAUUCAUUAUGACCUGAAAUCUUCCAAAAACUUCAAAGCCGCAAUGGAGAACCUUGCCAGCUGUUUUCCCAAUGUCUUUAUUGCAUCCAAGCUGGAGUCUGUGCAGUACGCCAACAUCACCCGGCUCAAUGCUGACCUGAACUGCCUUUCGGACCUCCUCAGGUCCGAGGUCAAGUGGAAGUACGUCAUAAAUCUCUGUGGCCAGGAUUUCCCUCUCAGGUCCAACUACGAGCUUGUCAUGGAGCUGAAGAAGCUUCAGGGCGCCAACAUGCUAGAGUCGAGCCGGCCGAGCGAGCUCAAGAAGCAGCGCUUCAAGUUCCAGUACGUGCUGAAGGACAUGCCUUUCGAGUACCAGAAACUGCCCGUCAGGACCGCUCAGGCCAAAGCCCCGCCUCCACAUGGCAUCGAGAUGUUUAUCGGGAGCGCCUACUUUGUCCUUUCCCGUGAGUUUGUGAGCUACAUCGACGGGAACCAGUUGGUGAAGGAUUUUCUGGCGUGGUCGGCGGACACGUACUCCCCGGACGAGCACUUCUGGGCCACCCUGGUGCGCGUGCCCGGGGUGCCGGGUGGGAUCCAGAGGUCCCAGCCCGAUGUGACGGACCUGAUGAGCAGGACGCGGCUGGUGAAGUGGAACUACCUUGAGGGUUCUCUGUACCCGGCCUGCACUGGCACCCACCAGCGCAGUGUCUGUAUCUAUGGCGCCGCUGAGCUCCGCUGGCUCCUCAAUUACGGCCACUGGUUCGCCAACAAGCUGGACCCCAAAGUGGAUCCUGUCCUUAUUAAGUGCCUGGAGGAGAAACUUCAGGAAAAACAGCGGCACUGGGUGAACCUGGCAUCGAGGAGGACCUCCUGAGACGGACGGUGGGCUUUGAUUCGAAUACUGGUAGUCUGUGACAUUGUAAGUGACGUUUUUCUUAAUAAGAGAAGAAUCAACUGAUCAGUUUGUCUGAUUCCAGAUGAAACAAAGGUCUGAUCAGCCAAUACUCCAACAAAAAAAACAUUGUAACUUUAAGUGUGACAGAUUGUCGGCGGGUUCCGACUAGCAACUGGUGUGACAAAGUUCCGAAAGACACGUGGAAAGGCAGGUGAGACAUCUUAUGGGGUGCAUCCCUCCUGUUUAGAGAUGCACGCGCUGAUGUCAUCUGUGUUUUUAAAGUGAUGCCAAAUGCCUGCUGCAGUCACUGUGAUGUCACCUUUCUCGAUUUUGAGCCAUAACGAAGGGUGGAUGUCACAUGGCCUUGCACAUUAGAAAUACAUAUUGUACCAGAACUGUAGUACUUAUUGUGUGUGUUGAAUUUAAAGAUACUGCUUGUUGAGAAAUAAUUUAGCUUAACAAAUUGCUGGUACAAAUUGGCAUUGAAAAUGUGCCUUCAAGUGCUCUAAUACAGGGACCACAGAAUCUAGUUUUUUUCUCUUUUGUGUGUGAGAGAUGUUUUGCCCUCAGAAAGUGUGCUUAUGGUGGGACCUGUGUCAAGUUCAUUUCUGUGCGAGAAACAGGAGUGACUGUUUUCACAAUAAUGUACAAUAUGAAAGAGAGCAUUGUCAGUGGCUUCUAGACAGUCAGAUACA